GACACGAAGAGCGUACGCGUGGACAACGCGAGCUGCGGAUCCAGAUGCAAAACGGAAGAUGUUGUGGCUGGUGGUGGUGGUGAUCAUGAUGUCGUUGGGAGUACUCUCCUCCGAGGUCCGCUCGAAUCUGACCGUCGAUGGAAAGCUGCUGGAGGUCUUCGCGAAACGGUACCCGCUGGAGGAGUGGACGCGGCACGGCUUCUUUCACAAGGAUUACCUGAGGAGGAUAAACGCGCAUUGGCUGGGAUUCGAACCGCAGCCGGCGAGGUAUCAUUACGCCCUCUCCGUUCUGUACGGCUUCAUCAUGGUCGGCGGGGUGACCGGUAACGCUCUCGUGAUCGUAAUGUUCAUCAGAUGCAAAAGGUUGAGGACUCCGGCGUUAACGCUGAUCGUGAAUCUGGCGUUCAGCGAUAUCAUGAUGAUGACGAAGUUGCCGAUUUUCAUUUACAACAGCAUCUACAUGGGUCCGGCUCUCGGUGAAUAUGCGUGUCGUUUGUACGGAUUCAUCGGCGCAUUGAGCGGAACUUGCUCGAUAAGCACUUUGGCUGCGAUUUCGGUGGACCGCUUCUUCGUGGUGCGGUAUCCUCUCAAUCAGAGAUUCACCGGGACCAGAGCACGCGUCUGCGUGGUAAUAACCUGGGUGUACUCCGUCACCUUCUCGAUAAUCCCACUGCUGGACGUGGGUCUCGGCGUUUACACACCGGAAGGUUUUCUGACGAGCUGCAGCUACGAUUAUCUGACGGACAACGAGGCCGCCAAGAACUUCAUCUUGGUCUUCUUCGUGGCCGCUUGGGUUGUACCCUUCAUCCUCAUCGUCUGCACGUACGCGAGCAACGUGAGCGUCGUGAUGAAAUCGAAGAGGAUGAUCAGGCAGAGAGGUUCGGCGCGACACAUCCGCGUCGAAGAGAAGAGGAGUCAGGAGAUGCGGUUGACGAUGAUCGUUUUCCUGGUGAUCGUGAUGUGGUUCGUCGCGUGGACGCCGUACGCCGUCGUCUCUUUGAUUGGAAUCGCGGGAAGAGCUGAUCUCAUCACGCCGCUUACCUCGAUGAUUCCUGCACUCUUCUGCAAAACCGUCAGCUGCAUCGAUCCGUACGUCUAUGCCCUCACCCAUCCCAAAUUCAAGGCGGAACUGCGAGCGCUCUUCUGCAGGAGGCGACCUUCCGCAGAAAAGUCCAACGUCUCGUCGUUUCAAGCGACGAGCAGAGGCAACAAGCGCAGAGAGUUCGCGCGUGACGAUGGAACGGAGAUGGUGCAACUGGAAUGCAUACGACUUCCCAUCAUCCAGAAGCAGGACAACAAACCACCACCUCGACUCAACGUCGAUGAGAUGAAGAAGGGAAGUUCCGCGUACUCAACUCGAUGGUGGUACAAGCCGAGCUUCAGCAAUAGAACGUCCAGCAUCAGGGGCAUCGCCAGAAGCUUCACCAGCAGGACGCAAUCAUUCGAAGUAGAUUAAACUUUCGCUCGAAAAAAAAACAUAGAAACAACAACGUACAUCUUUACAUAUCGAUUGUAUAAUAAGAUGAAU